AUGCUUGUACACUUUUCUCCGCCACUUUUGUCUGCUUCUCAGCGUGUUCUUAUCCUCAUGUCUUCCCUUGAUUUCUUAGCUCUAAAUCUAGAUCAACGCUUGCUAAGAGCCAUCGCUGAUUUGGGAUGGGAAAGGCCAACUGAAAUUCAAGAGGUCGUGAUUCCUCUUGUAUUUGAAAAAAAAAGUCUUCUAAUACAUGCCAGGACUGGUUCCGGCAAAACAGCCGCUUUUGCUAUUCCUCUGGUAGAGGAAAUUUUAAAAAGCAAACAGCUUCAAAGUGAACAAUUUAUUUAUGCUUUGAUUCUUGCACCGACUAAAGAACUUUGCAGUCAGGUUAAUAAGACCCUCCAAUGUUUGUGUAAAUACACCUCAAAAAAUAUUAGCUUUGUUGAUAUUUCGCAGCACGAUAAUACUGAAGUCUUAAAGCCUUUUCUUGCUAACUCUCCAGACAUAAUAAUUGGUACACCAUCCAGACUAUUAGCACAUGCAAGAUCGCACCAUUUUGCUGUCGAUCGCCUCAAAUUUGUUGUGAUUGAUGAGGCAGAUCUGAUGGUAACUUUUGGCUAUCAAGAUGAAAUGAAAGAUCUGAAAACGUUUCUUCCUCAUUCUCUUCAAGUUAUCCUCUUAUCUGCCACCUUACACGAGACCACAAAAGCUCUUCGAAACUGCUUAGUCAGUCGAGGUGAAUGGAUCAAGGUUGAACUACCUGAAGACUCUUUUCUUCCAUCUUCAUCGCAAUUGACGCAGUACAUUAUC